AUGAUCUUCAAAGAACAUUCUUAUAGCUCUAAGGAUUCUCAGAAUGUAAACCUCAAGCAACCAGCAGGAAUAAGAACAUUACUUGGAAUUCGAUUGUGUAACGAGAUUGAAAUUACAGAGAAACGAUUGCGCGCAAAGGUGAGACCAGAUCCGUUCGCGCUUCACAGCCUCGUUCUUUACACAAACAAUUGGGAGAAUUACGAUCCUCCCAGUGUUACACAAAAAGAUCUUCUCAGUAAGCUACCUUAUAAUUUUACACAAGGAAACGUUCACCUUCCACCUUCCGAGAACAUUCAGUAA